CACGUUGCAUCGUGUAAUUGGUAACAAUUAGGGUUUGUGUAGAACUGGUUGUAUCUGAUCUCGUACACCUCCUUCACUAACCUCUCUCUGCUGAUUAUCGUAUUACUAUGGGCAACCACUAUUCAUUCCUACCUAAUCCAUUAAACAAACGCGAGCGAGAAAGCGAAAAGAAAAUGAAAAUAUCAGAGAAAACCUGAGAAAGUGAAGGAAAACGAGAGAAAACUAGAGAGGAGAACCGUGAACGUAUUUAUUUACAAUUAUUUAUCCAUGUAGGCGAGCUUGGUUAUCACCUCAGAUCUUGCCGGAUUAUCUCUGCCGGAUUCAAGUCGUCGAUCUGCUGAGGCAGGACUCGCGUACGCUGUGUGGACUCAUUGGAGUAGGUCGGCGACGUGGUCAAUACUCAAUUGACAAUGCUCCGCAUUCUCUGCGACUUGUUUGUUUGAUUGAGCGGGCAGUGGUAAUUUCAAAUGUUAAUCUGCAAAAAAUGUCGGCGUCUUUAGCGGCUUCCUUCGAGCGGCCACGACCAGGAGCUUCUAACACGGUCUUCAAGAGUGGCCCACUUUUCAUAUCUUCAAAAGGAUUAGGAUGGAAGUCUUGGAAGAAGCGGUGGUUUAUCCUCACACGAACUUCCUUGGUUUUCUUUAAAAAUGAUCCCAGUGCACUACCACAAAAAGGUGGUGAGGUAAACCUGACUUUGGGGGGAAUUGACUUGAACAAUUCUGGGAGUGUUGUCGUUAGAGAGGAUAAAAAAUUGUUGACUGUAUUGUUUCCUGAUGGACGUGAUGGCCGAGCAUUUACACUUAAGGCUGAGACAUCAGAGGAUUUGUAUGAGUGGAAAUCUGCCUUGGAAAAUGCCCUUGCACAAGCACCAAAUGCAGCCCUUGUUAUGGGACACAAUGGAAUUUUUCGAAGUGACACAAGUGACUCUAUUGAAGGGUCUUUCCAUCAAUGGAGGGAUAAGCGGCCAGUCAAAUCCUUAGUCGUUGGCAGGCCAAUUUUGCUUGCCCUUGAAGACAUUGAUGGAGGUCCAUCAUUUCUUGAGAAAGCCCUUCGAUUCCUUGAGAACUUCGGAACUAAAGUUGAAGGAAUUUUACGGCAGUCUGCAGAUGUGGAGGUAGUGGAGCGUAGAGUUCAUGAUUAUGAGCAAGGCAGGACUGAAUUUGAAUCUGAUGAAGAUGCUCAUGUCGUUGGUGACUGUGUCAAGCAUGUUCUUAGGGAGCUACCAUCAUCACCAGUUCCAGCAUCUUGCUGUACUGCUUUACUAGAUGCUUAUAAAAUUGAUCGGAAAGAAGCACGGAUUAAUGCAAUCCGCUCUGCUAUAUUGGAUACAUUUCCUGAACCUAACCGUCGUUUAUUACAGAGAAUUCUGAAGAUGAUGCAUACAGUCUCUUCUCAAGCUCAUGAGAAUCAAAUGACUGCAUCUGCUGUGGCUACUUGCAUGGCACCCUUGCUCUUACGUCCUCUGUUAGCUGGUGAAUGUGAGUUGGAGGAUGACUACGAUGUUAAUGGUGAUGAUUCUGCCCAGCUUCUUGCUGCUGCUAAUGCUGCUAACAAUGCUCAAGCCAUUGUCACAACUCUUUUGGAGGAAUAUGAGAAUAUUUUUGAUGAUGAAAAUCUACAAAGAUGUUCUAUUUCAGCUGAUUCUCGGAUUGCAAUCAGUGGUAGUGAAGAUUCAACUGAUGACGAGAAUCUUGAUAUGAAAGAUAAUGGCUUCCAUGAUGCAGAAAAUGAAGUUGAUCAAGAUACAGAUGACGACCUGGGCCGUGUAUUCAGCGGAAAAUUGAGUGAGAGCAGUGGUUAUGCUGGCAGUGAUCUUUAUGACUAUAAGGCCUUUGAGGGUAAUGAUUCAGAUGUUGGAUCACCUAAAGACAAUAAUGCUCGAGCUGCGAGUUCAAGUUUGCCUGUUGAUCCUGUACAGAUGAAAGACUCUAAUGUUCAACUGUUAGAGCAACAAGGUAAACUAGAUAAAGGAGAGCAACAAGGUAAACUAGAUAAAGGAAAUGAAAAUUCGAUAAAUGAGACAGACAUAUCAAGUGUUUUACCGGGUGGAGAAUCUUACCAAUCAAUGGGGGAGAUUCUAGCGUUAAUGGAUCCUGGGCAUCCUACACCUGUUUCUGGACUAGAGUCAUCUACAGAGAAGCCAGCGGGAAAAGUUACGGUCUCCAAUCUAAAUCCUAAGCGAUCAACAUUUUGGGGAAGGAACAGCGCUAGGAAGACACCCUCGGUGGAAUCAGUUGGUUCAUCUGGAGAAGAAGAGCUAGCUAUUCAGAGGCUUGAAAUCACAAAGAAUGACUUGAGGCAUAGGAUCGCAAAGGAGGCUCGGGGAAAUGCAAUUUUGCAAGCUAGCUUGGAGAGAAGAAAGCAAGCCUUGCAUGAGCGUCGCUUGGCACUUGAACAAGAUGUAUCCAGACUGCAAGAGCAGCUGCAAGCCGAAAGAGAUCUUAGAGCUGCCUUAGAAGUUGGGUUGAGCAUGUCUUCUGGACAAUUUUCCAGUUCACGCAGCAUGGAUUCUAAAACAAGGGCUGAGCUUGAGGAGAUUGCUCUUGCCGAAGCAGACAUUGCCAGGUUGAAGCAGAAAGUUGCUGAGCUCCACCAUCAACUUAAUCAGCAAAGACAGCAUCACUAUGGUUCCCUCUCUGAGUCAUCUGACCGAUACCAGCAUGUUCAAAAUCCUACUUCUCACCAGAGGUUUCUUCAGCAAGAUUUUGAUGCGACCCUUGCUUUUGUUAAUCAUGAAAGAAAACAAAGAACUGAGCUGUUGCAGGAGAGUUUGUCGGGAGCAGACUGGAGGAAUGUCAAAGGACAAGGAUUGGCAAAUGGUGGCAGUAACAGGCAAUCUUCUCGGAAGCAAUUUACUGAUUCAACGAGCGUGGCUGACCCCAAAUUUGCUGAGACAUCUGUAAACAUGUCAGUAGAUGAGCUUUAUGGCGUUGAUUCUGCCUCUGCUCCCUCCACUUCAAGAGCAGUAGAGGUGUUGGAUUACCCUCGACAUCCACCAGCCACUUCUUCUGCUUUGGUAGAAUUAACAACUCGUCUAGAUUUCUUCAAGGAAAGGCGUUCUCAGCUCAUGGAACAACUCCACAACCUUGACUUAAACUAUGGCACUGCAUCUCAGGAUUUCAUCUACAGACCGUCAUCCCCUCCAUGGAACUGAGACACUAGAUGAUAUGCUCACCCAAUGAGUUGGAAAGGAAGGAUUUGUUUCUUUUGUUGUAUAGCUCUGAAUCCCUCGUACCCUCCCUCGCCUUUUUGAUAUUAUUCUAAUUUAAUUGAGCUCCAUUUCUGUUUAGAAGGUGAUUUGAUUUAGUUGAUGGAAGUCUCUUCCAGUGAAAUAUUUUCUCUGAAACCUUGCUUAUUUCUUCCUCUUGCUAGACAUAGUAAACAGAGAAACAUGUGAUUAGUUUUGUGUCAAUAGUAGGUGAGAUGUGUAUUGAAUGGCUAGAAAUAUAUACACUUUUUUAGCAGCCUGUAUAAUCACUUGGGACUGUUCUUUCUAUAUGCAUGAGAAUGAAAUGCUUUAAGCUGUUA